CCUUGAGUCAGCACAGAAGAUGGCCCAGAAGAACAAAGCCAGAUAUGAUCUCAGGGUCCGGGAUCAAGAGUUGUUUCCUGGAGAUCGGGUGCUGAUAAGAAGUCUAGGCGUGCCUGGAAAAAAUAAACUGGGAGACAGGUGGAAUGCUGAACCAUUUGUGGUUACUGGAAAACUGCCAAACAUACCUGUUUAUCGUCUCAAGAAGGAGAUGGGUCGGAGACUGAUAAAAGUGCUUCACCGAAACCACUUACUACCUAUUGGGCAGUUAGUGACCGUUCCUUCUGUAACUGAACCCAGUACAUCUGUGUCCAGACCUAGGACUAGGGGUCUGUUGGAUCAAGCCCAGAAAACUAGCCAAGAAGAACAUCCGCUCGAACAGUUAAAUUCAAGUUCUGAUUCAGAAUCAGAGGAAGGUGAGGUCACUCAGAUCCUUGAUUAUUCUGGGAAUGACAAAUUACAGAGCCCAGAACCCUCUACUGAAACUGAGAAUAUUGUGGAGAAUGAUGCAGACUUACCCAUGGAGGCAGACGUACCACCUGAAGGAGAGGAUGUUGGUGUGCGUGCAGAUAGUGAACCUGAAAGUGUGGUGGAUCCUGUUGAAGUAGAUCCAGCACCGGAUACAGAAUCUGAAGAGGGGAGAAUUCCCUCAGUUUCAGAGCCACAGACCUUAGAGCCAAGACGAAGUGGUCGUGAAGUGAAGCCGAUUGUCCGCCUUACUUAUGAUUCACCAGGUACUUCUAGGGAUGAACCGCUACAUGUCGUUCGGAAACAUACACAGGGCAUUGCCUACUGGAUCAUGACCAGACCAGAUCGGUACCGAUCGUGUAUAGAAGUUAAUCUGAUGGGGGCAUCAGACAUUUUAAAGAGGGGAGAAUGUAACCCCCUUCAGCAAAGCAGGUUAUUUGUAUAGCUACGGUAGAGUGACUGAGCUCUUUAGGACCGCAGGGAAUCUGUGCCUCUGCCUGUGAUGACGCCUGGACAGGAUGUGCGUUUCAUAUUUGAGCUGAGCAGAGCGAAAGGGAAGGAGGAGACCCGAGACUGAAAACAGACGCCUGGCAGCUGAUCGGGAGAAAAUAAACAGAAAGACCCAAAACAGACGGUGGAGCGACGUUUUCACUGUUAAAACUAUUACAGUUUAAAUAAAUCUGUAAAUACCUAGUAUCCAAUCGCUGGAUGCAUCUACAAAUGAAAAAGAAAACACCAGUUUGAAUAAAACGACACUGCUCACGUUGCACGCCGCCUGACACGGGACAGUCACGUUGACUGCAGACUAGACGGCCGACCCUGCAGCUUGGCCCACGCUCGCCACAAAAGAGAAAAACAGAUCUCAGAAAUACAGCUGGAGAGUUAAGGUGGGGGAACCUAUAUUCCCCUGGAGGCACCACGUGUUCAAGCUGCAUUGUUACACAAAAACCCAGGCCGCCGAGACCUCUACAACACCAGAGAGGACAGCGGGUAAGGGGCUCCUGUUUACCAUCACACCUGCUGCAUGUUAUACGAUACAAAAAAUA